AUGGCUCCGUCCAAUCCCCGCGCUGACUGGGAGAAGCUGGGCGAUCAAUUCUACCGCAAGGUGAAAUUGUAUGAGGCCGUCUUCGACGAAGACUUGGAGCUGGAGAACUACAUCGUCGCCGGCGCACCAUACGGAGGCGCACUCGCGCUUUAUCGAAAUGAAAGCAGGCUGUAUCAAUACCGAGAUGCUCAGACAUCGAAGGCCAGUAUAGAAAUAUACUCUUACUCUGGCAAACUGAUUAGUCGCUUGAACUGGGAGUAUGGCGCGAUCAAAGGACUUGGUUGGUCCGACAAUGAAGAGUUGCUCGCUGUGACCGAAGAUGGCACCGUGCGUCGCUACUUUGGUCUACACGGCGACUUUGCACCGUUCUCACUCGGCAAUGGUGCGGAAGAAUACGGCGUUCGAUCCUGCCGUUUCUGGUCCUCUGGUUUUGUGGCUUUAUUAUCCAACAACCAGCUUAUUGCUGUUUCUAACUACAAAGAGCCCCGGCCAAAACUACUCGCUCCGUCCCCGGAAGGCGAAGUGUCGUCUUGGUCAUUGACGCCUCCAGCCUACACCUUGUCGCGCACUGUCGAGGUUCUACUAGCUGUCGAUAAGACCAUUUACGGCAUUGAUGGUACCGAGGCACUUGACCGGGUGCUUCAAAAUGGACCUUUCAAGCAUGUCGCCUCUUCAACUACAGGUGGCUUAGUAGCUCUCUACACGGGAGAUGGCAAGGUGUGGAUCGUGAGCAGCGACUUCCAGAACAAACACGGCGAAUACGACUCGAAAGCAAAAACUCCUCCGUUGUCUAUGGAAUGGUGUGGAGAGGAAGCCGUCAUUCUAGCGUGGGAGGAUGAAAUACAUGUAGUAAGCACAAAUGGUGCGUCAUCUAAGCAUUACUACGAUGGACGGGUGCAUGUUAUUCCCGAACUAGACGGAGUAAGACUCAUAACAAAUGAGACUUGCGAAUUCUUCCACAAAAUCCCUGUUGUCACGGAGGAUGUCUUCAGACUUGGAUCUACCUUUCCCUCUUCGGUUCUUCUUGAUUCUGUGGAUCUUUUGGAUAAAAAAUCUCCCAAAGUAGAUGAGAUCAUGCAGCGCAUCCGACCAAGUCUCCCAGAAGCUGUGGAUGUUUGUGUUCGAGCGGCCGGUCAUGAAUUUGACGAGUACUGGCAAAAGCGACUUUUGAAAGCAGCUUCCUUUGGCAAGUCUGUAUUAGAUCUUUAUAAUAGCGACGACUUUGUCGAUAUGACCGAGAAACUCAGAGUGCUCAAAGCAGUUCGUGACUUUGAGAUUGGCAUGCCUAUGUCCUUCGAUCAAUAUCUACGCCUAACCCCAGAGAGAUUGAUAGACCGACUUAUCAAUCGUCACGAGUACCUCUUAGCAAUACGAAUUUCAGAAUUCCUGCGCAUGCCAGCAGAUAAGAUAUAUAUUCACUGGGCGUGCCAAAAGGUCAAGGUCUCUACUGCUGGCGAUGAUGCUCUGUGCAAACUGAUUGUGCAGAGACUAGAAGGAAAACUAGGGAUCUCUUUUGAGACAGUUGCGCAGUCUGCAUAUGACGAGGGUAGGGCACAUCUCGCUACCCAGCUUUUGAACUACGAACCUCGUGCUGGGAAACAAGUCCCAUUGCUUCUUAAUAUGGAAGAAGACGACGUUGCGCUUGACAAAGCCAUGGAAAGCGGUGAUACGGAUCUGAUUUACUAUGUUCUACUGCAUAUGAAAAAGAAACUUCCUCUUUCGACCUUCUUCAGGACUAUCAAUGACAGACCUACAGCUGCAGCACUAGUUGAGACAUCGGCAAAGGGCAGUGAUAUUGAACUCUUGAAAGACUUGUAUUACCAGGACGACAGGCCCAUUGACGGAUCUAAUAUUUUCAUUAUUGAGGCACUGUCACGCGACGAUGUCCAAUCGAAAAUCGACAAAUUGAACCAAGCUUCGCGUGUACUCACGGAUUCAAAAGAAGGCGCUACACAAUUCCAACAAAAGUCCAUUGCCGAAGCUACUCAACUUCUUCGUGUUCAAGAAAGUCUGGAUAAAGAGUUAUCUGACGGCACUGACUUUGUCGGUCUUAGUGUCAAUGAGACCGUCUACCGAUUGAUCAAGACUGGAUACGGGAAACGAGCACAAAAACUAUACAGCGAGUUUAAGAUGUCAGACGUGACGUUUUGGUGGACUCGAUUACGUGCUUUAGUUGCCAAAAGAGAUUGGGGCGAACUCGAACAAAUUUCUAAAAACAAAAAGUCUCCUAUUGGUUGGGAGCCAUUUUAUAACGAAAUUCUAGGGGCAGGUAACACGAAACUAGCAUCAAUGUUCGUUCCUAAAUGCACUAACCUGCCCGCUGCUGAGAGAAUCGAAAUGUGGAUGAAAUGCGGCAUGGUUGUAAAGGCAGGAGAAGAAGCCCUGAGAGCCAAAGAUAUGAAUGCCCUCGAGGUAUUGCGGACAAAGGCACCUGGUUCAGCUGUAGGUGAGAUAGACCGCAUGAUCAAUCAACUUCGACCAAAGAAUAGGUAG